CCACCAUGCCCAGCUAAGUUUUUGUAUUUUGAGUAGAGACGGGGUUUCACCAUGUUGACCAGGAUGGUCUCGAUCUCUUGACCUUGAGAUCCACCCGCCUCGGCCUCCCAAAGUGCUGGGAUUACAGGUGUGAGCCACCGUGCCCGGCCCUAGAUUCUUAUAAGGAGCGCACAACCUAGAUCUCUCGCACAUGCAGUUCACAAUAGGGUUCGAGCACGUAUGAGAAUCUAAUGUCCCCAUGAUGACAGGAGGUGGAGCUCAGGGCUAUUCGUACUAUAAUCACUUCCCUCCUUUGUCAGCACAUUAUUAAAGAGCUGAUCGUGUUAGACCAGAAAAAAAUGGCCCUGAGAGAGUUGGAGAGAGGGAUCCCUUUAUUUGUAGAUAGAGUCUAGAGGGAGUCAAGAGGCCUAGGUCCAGGCCAGGAUUCUCCACCACUGGCUAUCUGUAGGAAAGCCAUUCAACCCUCAUCAUCAGCUGAGCAGGUUGGACCAGAUUAUUAUUAUUAUUAUUAUUUUUUGCCAAUCAGUUUGAGCUUAUGAGGUUGCUCAGGUUAGCCUUGAACUGAUGACCUCGCCUUCGUGAGCGCCAUGACCUCCGGCGGGAGCCACUUUGGACCCCAGGACCAGAUUAUUUUUAAAGACCUGUGUGGCUCCUGAAAUCUAUGGUAGCUGCAGGUAUCAAAGAUAAGAUGUCUUACCUGACUUGAUGGCUAAACUAAUGGCUUGCCAGGUCUAGGGAUGACCUGUAAGGUAUUAGAGAUGUCACAGGAUAACGAAGUUGGUAGUGGUAUUUUGAGCCGUUUGAUGCAAAUCUGCAGGAUCAACAUGUGCAAUCUACAAGAAGCCUUCUCUCCUGCUUAAAGGCUGGGCUGUGCAUAGCCAAGAGCCUUAUGUCUUUAUUUUUCCCUUGGUGUCCUUUCUCGUCCACCUUCCUUUGAUACUACCCUGUCCCCAGUCCCACUCAGGGUCAAAAGCAUUAGAGAGAGCAGUGGAAUGAGCCCUGCUAAUUUAGGAGCUCCUGCCCUCUGCUCUGGAGCCCGGAGGGCAGAUACGGGAAGAGCAGAUAGGUUCCACUCUUUCUUCUCAGGUACCUCUCUUCAUUUUUUUCUCCUUUGCCCUUCCUAUAUCCUUCAAGCCCUUACCUCUACAACGAUGAAGAACUGUCUCUCACAGGAAACCCAUUUCAACUGAAAUUAGGGGAACCUUCUGCAGCAUUUCAACUGAAAUUAGGGGAACCUAAGAAUCGUCAUUCUGAGUCAGAUCUGUGCCGGAGUGAAAGUAACACGUUUCUUAGAAGUGUGGUUGUUUCAGUGCUCUCACUGUAUUUCCUCUGCUCCCUCUUACGCUCUUCUCAAUCUGAAUCUUCAUGGGAAACAUACAGUCAUGACACUUGGAAUUUUUAGCAUUUGGAGUCAUACAAUUGUUUUCCACAGGAGGAAAAAACUGAAGAGGGCAGAAGAUAUAUUACCCCACCCCAUAUACACGUGUGCAUGUGCGCACACACACAGACACCACUACUUCUAAGACUGAAAUUGUAUCUAAAUGAAAUAUCUUUUUUUUUUUUUUGCUGAAUUUCCAUAGGAUCACAAAGUUGGAAGGGACCUUGGAGGUCCAAUGCAAACACCCCUCAGUGCGUAACUCCACUCUGGAACGUCACUAUCAGAUGUUCAUCAAGCCAUGGUGUUCUAGAGACAGUCCAUUCUCUCUCCCUUUUGAAAAAUUUCUAAAUUUUUGAAAAUAAUAUGUGGGAUAAGUUUCCUCCAGAGCAUUCCCACUUUAAUAAUUUUAUUGACAACUUUGUGAGUAACUGAUAUAUUAGAAAUUGAAGGUAGCAAGAAAUGAAGUGGAAGAAGAAAUAAACUAAUAUUGACAUCAAAUUAAGUGAAUAAAUACAGCUUUGGGUAGAAGAAUUUCCUAGGGGUGUGAGAAUGGUGGGAAGGCAGAAAGAAGUCACAGUUGUCUCCUUCAACAAGUUUAAGAUCCAGAGAGCAGAUUAGGAAUAAACACUUUAAAAUGUAAAAAGCCAAAGCACAUGCAAAUGCCAUUCAAGCAGACAGUUAAAAAGCUGUCUCUCAUUGUCUCUAGUUAAUUGCUAAAUGAAAGUGUUGAGAGUUUGGAAGAAGGAAAGACACGAGUGGGUUUUGGUCGGAGGACGUGGAUGUUGAGGUGGGUAGAACCCAAGUGAGUAGGACUGAAACGGUCAUUCCAGGAACCAGACAGUAGCCUGGAGAGGGUGACGACUCAGAAGUUCAAACUAUUUUGUGGAACAAAAGCAGAAAAUUGAGUGUGCUGCAUGUGGAGGGUUUGGGGAAGAAAUUUGCUUAAAUAAAUGAGGUUGGGGGGCAGGCCCCCACCCACCAACCCAAAACUCUGUUGGUUGUCAGUAUGAAGACGUGGGGGAAAGGACAGGAGCAAAAGUUGCUGAUCCCAGGUUCAUCAAGCUGAGGAGAAAUUUUGGUGGGAGGAAGCCCGGAAAAUGUGACAGCGUUUGACAGGUGCUCAGCUGGGCUUUCCCCAGGCAUCGCAUUCUGGCAGCGUGUUGAUUAAUUCCAUCCACCUCAACGCAGGAAAUCAGCUUGGCUGCUGAGUAAGUGAAAGUCUGCACGGAACCCUGAGGAGCUGCCGCCAGCCCGCAGUUGCAAGGACAGGCCACGCCCACAGAGGCUGCUGCCAAAUGUUGGCAAAGAAUAGCCUCAGUUUCCUACUGUUCUCUUCAUCCUGAUGCUUGCCAAUGAACCUUCCAAAGUAGAAAAAUAGGGACAGUUAUUAGCUAUGAGGGAGUGAAGCUCUGAGAUUUAAGACAUUAUUACUGUUUUUUAAAAAUCCCAAUAGCCUUUCAAGGAUACUUGAGUCUCAAUUUCUGUUUCAGAAAAUGUAACGUGUUCGGUGAACCUCACUGCAAUUUUAUGGGAAGUUCAUUCGGCAACUUCCCUAAUGUUCCUUAACGAGGUACAUCCCAGACUCUCAAGUGAUAUGAAUCGUUUAGGCAUCUUGUGAAAAUGUAGCCUGAUUGAGUAGGUUUGGGAUGGGGACUGGAGAGUCUCCAGUUUUAACAAGGUCCCGGGAAUUAACAAGCUAGAUGCCGCUAUUCCCAGAACCAAACUUUGAGCAGUAAGAUUCUCCUAGAAUGCAGGAUUGAGGGGUAAGAAAGAGCCAAAUUUCUCAUUCCAAAACUUGCUCUAUCCAUAUGUGCUGCCUCCCUUCUGGAGGCUGUUGUCCCCCUGCAUGUGUAUAUACCUAUAAAACUUUGUUCCAUGUAGACGUCAUAAACCUGUUUUGUAUGUGAAGAGGUUUACCUUAGACAUGGAAAUAAUGGAAGAGAAUUAAAGAAUUAAAGCACAACAUAGACACUGAAACAAUUGGAAUAUGAGGCUCCUGACCCAGUUCCCUGGUCGUCUCAGCUACUAGGAGAUUCUGGCUAGCAGCUCUCCUCAUUUCUCUCUUCUCUAGGGUUAACUAAUAUUCCUAUUAUAAUUAUUUUGAAGCCAAGGUCUUGCUCAUUUGCCCAGGCUGGAGAGAAGUGGCAGGAUCAUGGCUCACUGAAGCCCUGACUGCCUAGCCUCAAGAGAUUCUCCCACCUCAGUAGCUGGGACUAUAGGCACAUGCCACCAUGCCCAGCAUUAAAAAAAAUUUUUUUUUGUAGAGACGAGGGUCUCUGUUGCCUAGGCUGGUCUUGAACUCAUGGCCUCAAAUGAUCCUCCCACCUCAGCCUCCCAAAGUGCUGGGAUUACAGGCAUGAGCCACUGUGCCUGACAUUUUUUAUGUGUAGCAAUUUCUCUCUCUUUACCCUGGAAUAGGCCCUAUCUUUGCACUUCCAAAAAGGUAAGUUCUCUGCAAGACAGAAGUGCCAUCUGGUCUGACAUAAAAUUCGCAGCUCUCUUAGAAGGAGAAAACUGUUAUGGCAAAAAUAAUUUUUUGGUAGUGCUUUAAUUUUUCUUCCUCUCAGCACAGAGACUGGUACAGAGUGAGUGAGUGAUGUUUUUGCUAACAAAUAUAUAAAACUUGAAUGCAAAAGCCUUCACAGGUCUACAGGACGGAUUCAGAAUUGAGAGGUCCCUCAUGCGAUCUGGAACUUUGUCCAGUGACUUAAACCGCAUUCCACCCAGGAUCCUCACACAGCACUCUGGGAAAAGUCCUUUCCUACGUCUCUUUUUCUCCUUACUUUUCUUUCUCAGCUUUUGCUUCUGAUCCCCUUCUUUCACUGUCCUCGCUCCCAGCUCGUUUUUCACCAGAAGAUCAGAAAUUGCAUACUUUGAGAAAGAGAGAGAGAAUAAAUAAGAGACAACUAUAGAGACAGAAGGGAAAGGAGGACUUCUGUGUUUUGUUUACCUAAGCCCCAAGUAAUUUCUACUUAUACAAAUAUUGGCAUAUGAAGACCCUAGCACCAGCCUGGGCAAAUGAGCAAGACCUUGGCUUCAAAAUAAUUAUAAUAGGAAUAUUAGUUAACCCUAGAGAAAAGAGAAAUGAGGAGAGCUGCUAGCCAGAAUCUCCUAGUAGCUGCUGAGAUGACCAGCUUUUUCAUCUGACAAAUGAUCAUUACUUUUUUUUUUUGAGACAGGGUCUUGCUCUGUUGCCCAGACUGGAGUGCAGUGGCACGAUCACAGCUCACUGGAGCCUUGACCUCGUAGUUAAAGUGAUCCUCUCAUCUCAAUCUCAACCUCCUGAGUAGCUGGGACUACAGGGGUGCACCACCACAGCCAGCUAAUUUUUGUAUUUUUCUAUAGAGACAAAGUCUUUCCAUGUUGCCCAGGCUGGUCUCCAACUCCUGAGGUCAAGCUAUCCACCCACGUCGGCCUCCCAAAUUUCUGGGAUUACAGGCAAGAGCUACCACACUCAUACCUACUCAUUACAUUUAGAAAGGAGGGUUAAUUUCUAUGAAUUGUGAUUUUGUGGAGUUGUUGGUGAAUAUAGUGACAUUGUGACUGUAUUCACUGACAUGGUGUUGGUGAAUAUAGCUUUCUUAGAGCUUUAGUUCUUGCUCCCUGAUGAUUGAGGAGCUGAAGAUUUGUUUCUGAUUAAUUUCUAGAGCUCUCUCAAAAACUUAGUAAACUUCUCAUCUGAGUCAAUUCUUUUUUUUGUUUUGAGAUGGAGUUUUGCUCAAUUCUUUUUGAGGCAUAAUUCCUAGAAUAUUUCUAUUUCUUUGUCUCUUCAUUCCUAUAACUCUCUCUUGAUUUGAUGGCAGAUUACUAGAACUAUAGGUUUAUACUUUUGAGUCUUUUUAUCCAAUUAAAAAAGGUUUCCAGAUGUUUCAUUCUAAUUCUUGCCCUUUAGUAAUUGACUUGGUUGAAAGGUUUUAUCUUGCAUUUCUCCUUCAAAGGCAUUUUGAAUCUUCUCUUUUACCCUUGAGGGAUAGAAACAGUUAUUUUUUAUUUUUUAAUUUUUUUGCACCUUUACAGGGCCUGAAUUUCUUUCCUUUGUUUUUUUUUGAGAUGGAGGCUUGCUCUUGUUGCCCAGGCUGGAAUGCAGUGCUGUGAUCUUGGCUCACUAAAACCUUUGCCUCCAGGCUCAGGCUCAAGCGAUUCUCCUGCUUCAGCCUCCACAGUAGCUGGGAUUACAGGUGCCCACCGCCAUGCCUGGCUAAUUAGGGUUCUGAAUUUCUGUACGCUCUUCAUUUCCUUUCAUUUUUGUUUAUUAACCUGCCAACUCUUUCCUGAGCGCAUCUUUUUUAGGUGUUACCUUGCCAAAUGCAGACAAUAGUAUCCAAACACACGCGACUAACAUUCUGUUUUCUAAUCUCUUUCUCUAGAGCUUCAAGUUUAUUAGGUACAAGAGCUGCCUCUCAAAUCAUUGCAGGCAGUGGGUUAACUAAAUGUGUUGCCAUUGUAGAGCACGGGUUAUCAUUUAUCCAGCCUACAAUUUUAUUGCCAUUAUUACAUGUCACCUGACCACUGUUUCAUGGCUUUUUGUUAUGGUAGCUCUUCACUUCAAGGCAUGAAUUUCCGUAGCUAAAGAUAUACUGUCAUGUUGCAGUAGCAUAUCUUGAUUAGAUGCACUUUUUUUCUUUUUGAGAGAGGGUUUUACUCUGUAACCCAGGCUGGAGUGCAGUGGCACUAUCUCUGCUGACUGCAUCCUCAACCUCCCAAGUAGCUGGGCUCAAGUGAUCCUCUGGCCCCAGCCCCCCAAGUAGCUGGGACAACAGGUGUGCACCGCUAUACCCAGCUAAUUUUUUUUUUUUUUAAUAGAGGUAGGAUUUUGCCAUGUUGCCCAGGCUUGUCUUGAACUCCUGGCCUCAAAUAAUCUGUCUGCCUCGGCCUCCCAGAGUGUUGAGAUUACUGGCGUGAGCCACCAUGCCUGGCUAGAUGUACCUUUUUAAAAUGAGAAUAAAACCUUUUAAAAGUUGGAUUUGUAAAACUAAAUGUGUAUCUUUAUAUUUUCAUUAUUCCCAGUAAUCUCAUGUUAUUAUCUUAUUGGUUUAUAUGUGUGUGUUCACUUUUUCCCACAAUUAUUUUAACCUCAUUAAGGUAGAGACUGUAAUAGUAUAGUCUAUUACCUGUGAUAGUAGCCCCAAGAAAAUGUAUCAUUGCUCCAAGCACAUAUGAGGUCAUGAAAACAUCUUGCUGAUUUGGAUGUUUGAUGAACUAUACUAUUUUACCACAUUUGAGGCUGUGUGUAGCUCAUUGCUGAGGCAACAGAGUCUUCUGGUAUCUCUUUUUUGUGGGGCUCGUGGAAUUGGCUGUAGUGGUCUAGCUGUCAGUGUAUUGAAUAAUGGCCCCAAUGCAUUAUUGAAACUCUUAAAGCUGGUGUCAGCUUAGAUCAUGAGUGGUACAGAGCCAGUCAGUGAAGGGUUCCACCAUAGUCAGUGUGUCCCAUCAAAUGUUCAUUACUGUGUCCCUGGUGUUAGGACAUGAUUUACAUUAUAGGAAGGGCUCAGUGAAUGUUAGAUGAGAAAAGGAUCUGGAUCUGUUGAUUCAGUUUGAACUCAGUGAUAGCCAGUUACUAGUUUGGCAUCCUGAUAAGACAGUUGUUUUUACCUCAAGGGGGAAAACUGGGACUGAAUUUAGUAAAGGUCAGUGUGGCCUCCUGCUUACAUGAAGAACCAUUUUGUUCCCUGCACCCCCUGCAAUCCAGCAAAUCCUCUUGUACUGAAUUAGGUACUCUUAGUUCCAACUGAUUUAUUCAUUCUUUCUUUCAGGAGAGCUGGCAUAUUCUUCUGUGCAUUGAGGUAUGGCAUUGAAGAUAAUGAGUGACUCAAUCCAGUCAAUUUAGUACACACUUAAAGGUCUAUUGCACAUGUUGCUUUGGGAGCAUGAGUUAUACAAGCAAAGAGGAGAACGUAGCUCUUGAUUUCAUGGAGCUAGCUUCUCUGCACAUGGAAGGUCACACCUGGGGAGACCUUGAAAAUUUUCCAUAAGAUGGGCUUAGGGGCUUCAGUCUGGCAGAAGGAGUUGGCUAGGGGACUUGAGUCUGUCUUUGCAUAGAAGACACUGUGUUUUUUUUUGAGAAUGUGUAUUUGGAGAAGGAAGCUGGUAGAGAUUAUUGGGAGGUGGGUAAAGUUACCCAAAUAUAUAAAGACCCCAGGGAUCUCUCCUAAAACAUGUCUGUGAGGGAAAGAUACAUAAAGCAUCAGCAGAAGAGGUUUAGGAAGGGAACAAUGCCUGAGAGGAUAAUUUGAGGAAGUCUUUGUGUAGAAGUUACAUUUCUGGCUGUUCCUGAGAGAGGUACAGAGGACUGCACAGGCAUGGAGGGGAGCAGGGUGGAUGGAAGGCCUGUGAUCACAGAAUUUUGAUCAGUGUUGGAGGGCCUUCCAAGGAACCUUUGAACAACUCUUCACCAUUUUCUUCACCUGAAGAAAAUAGAGAGAAAGUUGUUCUAAUGUGCUGAGCUAGAGGAAAAUAACUUUGCCCUGCUAGAAUGUGUCCUGCCUUGUGAAAAGAUUGUAAUUUUACCCGAUCUUAAUGGACAUAAAGCAAGUUACUAUUUUUGGGGGGAUGUCUGUGUAUCUUAGGGCACAGUGCCUGACAUGUAGAAUGUGUUUAACAAAUAUUUGACAAUUUGAACUGAACUGAGAUGAAUUAACUUUUUGCAGGUCAUUUAAAAUUACACGUCAGAGCAUUUAAAGGUUUCUCUUUUUUUUCUUCAAAAAUUAGAAAAAACAUUUACUGUUUCUUGUUAAAAUACAGUGCUCUCAUGAGAAAAGUGUGCAAAAAGAGCCUUCCUACACCCUGGGCUUUUUCACUUAUCCCAGCAGGCUGGGACUGUCCUCACUGCAUAGGAGGAAAAGUUCUUUACCUACUUCUGGGAAAUUAGGCACUUUACUCUAGUUUUACUUUUAAUUACUUUCAUGUGUAAAAAAAAAGGCAAAAUCCAACAGCUAAUGGGUUAUCUCUUCCUAGGCAUAUAUGCCCAGUCCACUUGGACACAGACGUGGACCUCAAGUCCACCUCCCCCCAUGUGCAGCCCAGAAUUAGGUGGCACCCUGGAAAUCAAGUGGGUGUUCCUGGCUAGGGAUUGAAGAACAUCUCAGCUCCUGGUCAGCUGGUUGAAAACAUGCAAAGUGUCUCCAGUGAGAAGCUAAGAUUACCUCUUUAAUGAGAAACACUUUGGGUGUGGUGGGGCCAGAUGUUAACAGGCAGGCAGCAUUCUUGCCACAGGUAGUAUCUGGUCUAGAAGCUAAUAGAUCCCCAAAUCCUCUUAAGGUCCCUUACAUUGACAAGAAUGAAUUCAAGUUUCAAAACGACACCCCCAAGUUAUACAAGGUAGAGGAUGUCAUUAAGACAAUAGUCUCACCAAGUCCAUGAGAGCUCUGAUCCCACCAUCUCCCUUCCCUCACUCUCCAAGUCUGCUUAGUUCUGCCCGCUACUCUUCCUUCUCAGCAACAGUUCCAGUAUCCAGAAGUCUUGAGCAGCCUUCAGCCUCACAAGUUGGGCAUGACCCAAUUGAGAAACUUCAUGGCAACAUCAAGGCCAAGGAAACAGGCUGCAUUGGUGGGGAACGCUCAGGUCAUCACUGCAUCAACAAGGACGUGCUUCCUUCAUCCCAGAUUAUCUCCCUCAGCACAUCUACAGAACUGUUAGGAUAUUUCCUAGGAGAUUCAGUCUGGAAGGGAGACUUGAGCACAUCUUGGGGGACUGCCACAGCCCAGUUGAAGAUUCCUGCUAUGCCCCAGCCACCAGGAUUCAAGGCACACUGAGCUCACUGACCCUCUUUCCCUCCGGAGUGAAGAUAUUUUUUAGUUAUUCAUAUGUCAUGAAAUAUAUUCCACUAGCUGGGACAUCUCACAUAAGGGUAAGCACAGUCCCUUCAUAGAUGCCUUGGAUCCCAAACUCAUGGUACAGCUUCUUUGCAUAGUUCAAGGUACCAGUGUACGUGGUUUCCCCUGAAGAAGCCUGAAACGGUAACAAGCACUUGAUGGGUUCUCCAGGGAUCAUGAUGCCUGUGGUCCAUGUACCAGAUAACAUCCCAGCUGCAAAUAGGGGGGGAUAUCUGAGCAUAUCCUCUGGGUGUUUCUGUUGUAGUUUCUUCCCCAAACCAAACCCAGAGAAGCACACAGCAAACAUGGAGGUGACCCCGAUGAUAGGGGCAGCCAUUCCUUGAUACAGCUCCAUGGUGCCCUGUCUAAGAGUUAUCGGGAGACUGUCAAAGAUCCCAGAGUACAGGGGAGGCUGUCCUGACUAACUCAGUGGUUGUGUCUGCAGUUGGACCUUGGCAGUGUCCAGAGGGUGCCCCAUGAACACCAGGCACAAGGCACCAAAGCCUCUAGCCAGCAGGUUCUCGAGCGGGCUGAUGGGCUUUGGUGGGUUGGCCAUGGUCAGUCUGCCUGUCCCUCAUUAUGUUUUCCUGGGCUGUCCUGGCUCGGCUGUCCUGGCUCUGCUGCCCCAGCUGCAGUGCCAGGGCUGCCAACCUUGCAUUUAAAGGCUUCUACUUGCUAAUUCAUUUUGGUUAAAAAAAAUCAUUCUCAGAGAUAGCCAAGGUAAUAGGCAUUUAUGUGUUGUAUGAAUGUGAUGUUAUAUAUAUAUCAAAGCAAAAUUUUUAAACUAAUUUACUACAGAGAUGAACCAAGUUAGAAAUUGUUGUCAAAUCUUUUUUUUCUUCCACAAAUUGCCCACACCCUUGUCACGCACCAUAUGUUCCACUUUCUAGUCAUGCAAUAUGUAUCAUAAUUUAAAUGGGAGAAAUCUCAUCCUUAGAGGAAACUUGGUACUAAACUAGAGAACUAUCUUUAGCAGUUUUGUGGGCAAUGGGUGGAAGUAGGGUAGGAGGAAAUAAAAAUUUAGUCCUUUUCCUGUCAUCCCUUUCUUUAGGGUCCCCUUUGGUUCCCCUUCAGGAAAUGGAAUUAACAAACAAACAAAAAAAACCCCCAUGCAUUCAUCAGUAACUCUGGGUCAACCACAACUUAAAGGCAGUAAGCAGGUCAUUCAAAAUGGGCAGUGAUUGCUAUAAAACGAACAGGUACUCUCAUUGAUAGAACACAGGCAUACACAGGAAAAUACAUUCACAGAAAGAGCUUCCUGUACAAAGCAAGCAUCCAGCGCAAGAUGACAGUGAAGAGCCUACAUGUCACAGCCAUGGUGAAGUACUUGCUGCUGUUGAUAUUGGGGCUUGCCUUUCUGAGAGAGACAGCAGCUCAGAGAGUCCCCAAAGAAGGACAAACGUUUUUCCAAAAGCCUGAGAGUUGCCCAUCUGUGCCAGAAGGUAGUCUGAAGCUUGACCUGGGCAUCAUCAAUGCAAACCAGCGUGUUCCCUUGUCACGUAACAUCGAGCGCCGCUCCACCUCCCCCUGGAAUUACACCGUCACCUGGGACCCCAACCGGUACCCCUCAGAAGUUGUACAGGCCCAAUGUAGGCACUUGGGCUGCGUCAAUGCUCAAGGAAAGGAAGACAUCUUCAUGAAUUCCGUUCCCAUCCAGCAAGAGACCCUGGUCCUCCGGAGGAAGCACCAAGGCUGCUCUGUUUCUUUCCAGUUGGAGAAGCUGCUGGUUACUGUUGGCUGCACCUGCGUCAAACCCCUUAUCCACCAUGUGCACUGAGAGAGGCACAUCAACUCAACUGAAGAAGCUGUAGCGAUGCCACUCCUUACCCAGGGCUCUGCAACAAGCCCUAUUGAUCCCCAGUUCCCUCUGUGUCACAGGACUCUUAAUAAGACCUGCAUGGAUGGAAACACAGCGUAUUCACAAUGUAUGUGUGCAUGCACUGUAUUUUAUAUUUGAUACCGAAAUGUUAGGAGACAAAUUAAUACAUUCAGUGCUAAUAUAAUAAAGUAUUAAUAAUU